GUUAUUUCAUUCAGAAAAUCCACUAUUCUUCAACCUUUUCCGUACAUUCUGAGUCCCAAAAUUAGGUUUCCUAAACAAUUCCGAUAGUAAACUCCAAUUAACAUUUCUGGAUCAAAAGGUGUCGAAAAUGGAUUACGUUUCUCCAGUUAACGAGUUGGAGCAACGCCUCAAAGAAGCCGGUGAACACCUUGCAUUCCCUCCUUCUUCCACCAAGAACCUUCUAGACCUUCUUGAUAAAACGGAGCACCUGUUAAGUUUUGUGGGUCAAGCACCGUCUCUCUCGAUGCAAGGUGCACUUGUGCCCUCAAUGGGAGCCCUAAUUGCUGAUGGACUACUAAAGCACUCAGAAAUUGACGUUAAAAUAUUCGUGGCGUCUUGUCUUUGUGAAGUAGCGAGAAUUACCGCACCCGAACCACCUUAUAAGGAUGAAAUCAUGAAGGAUAUCUUCCAGCUAAUUGUACUCGCUUUUGGGCAAUUGUCGAACGUUAACGGUCAAAGCUAUCAUAAAGCCAUUCAUAUUCUUGAGUCUGUUGCUAAAGUUAAAUCGUGCUUAUUGAUAUUGGAUUUGGAGUGUGAUGCAUUGGUUCUCGAAAUGUUCGAGCGAUUUUUAAGCGAAAUCAGCGUAAAGCACCCUCACUCGGUAUUCUCAGACAUUGAAGCUAUCAUGACGGUUAUUAUUGAAGAAAGUGACGAAAUUGCUACUGAGCUUUUAUCCCUUCUAAUUUCUCAUGUUAAAAAAGAAAACCUGGGUGUUACAAUUGCUUCUUGGAAAGUAGCAGAAAAGGUCCUGAGAAAUUGUAUCGAUACACUGAAGCCGUACUCCGAAACAAUAACGAAGCUUGUAAAUUCAAAUCUUGAUGAUUAUGCUGAAGUGGUGACUGUCUUAUGCCAGAAUGCCCAUGAAAACGGUCAUAUGGUAACUAGAUCUACGAGAACUAACAGUACUCACAAGAGGGAUCGUAGUACGUUGGAGAACGGUGGAUCCGUGAAGAAGCAAAAGUUUAACGAUAAAAGUCCGUUAAAGGGAAAAGAAGUAGAAACUCCUAGAAGGGGCCGACCAAAGAAAAAUAAAAACAGUUUAAAUCAAGAUAAUAGCCCUAAUUCUGUUCAAAACUCAAAAGAAGAGACGAGGAAAACUCGAUUUCACGACAAAAGGCAAUCAAGUUCUUUAUAUAACGUGGUUGUGAAGAAGGAGGAUGUGAUCAUAUCGGAUCAUGAUGAUGCAGAACCGUUAACGCAACAAACAAAUAUUAAUAAAACACAAAGUAGAAGAAAGCUUUCUAACAAGCGUCUUGCUAAUGGUUCUCAUGGCAAGGACACUUCAAAGAAAUGGGGGCAAGAUUUGGUGGGCCAUAGAGUAAAGGUUUGGUGGCCAUUGGAUAAAAUGUAUUAUGAAGGUACUGUUUCUUCUUACAACCAUGUAGAUAACAAGCACAAGGUAUCGUAUGUCGAUGGUGAUGAAGAAGUGCUGGAUCUAUGUAGUGAAAAGUGGGAGAUGCUUGAUGACGUUUUGCCUGAUCAACAACAGGAACAAGUUGCUGAUUUACCGAGCCCCGUUACCACAUCUUCCGAGCGGCCAGAGCAGAAGAGGAAAAGAAAGAGAAGGUUACCGAGCCCCGAUACCACAUCUGCCGAGCAGCCAGAGCAGAAGAGGAAAAGAAAGCAAAGCCGACCACGUGUGGUGAUGGGCCUAAAAGCGUGGGGCUUACAUGCGGGCUCAUCAAAAACCGCUGAUGUAAUCUGCAAUGCUGAAAAUCAGAAGGACCAUCCCGUCUCGACGCCUGCUGACUCAUCAAAAACCGCUGAUGUCAUAUGCAGUGCUGAUGAUCAGAAAAAUACUCCCGUCUCGACUCCUGCUGACUCAUCAAAAACCGAUGAUGUAAUCUGCAAUGUUGAUAUCCAGAUGAAUGAUCCCGUCACGACACCUGAUGACUCAUCAAAAACCGCAUAUGUCAUACGCAGUUCUGAUAAUCAGAAAAAUACUCCCGUCUCAACUCCUGCUGACUCAUCGAAAACCGAGGAUCUAAUCUGCAAUGCUGAUAAUGAGAAAAACGAUCCCCUUUCAACGCCUGCUGACUCAUCAAAAACCGCAGAUGUAAUAUGCAAUGCUGACAAUCUGAAGAAUAUUCCGGUCUCGACACCUGCUGACUCAUCAAAAACCGAGGAUGUAAACUGCAAUGCUGAUAAUCAGAAGAAUAUUCCGGUCUCGACACCUGCUGACUCAUCAAAAACCGAGGAUGUAAACGGCAAUGCUGACAAUCUGAAGAAUGGUCCCGUAUCAUCGCCUGCUGACUCAUCGGAUGUAAUAUGCAAUGCUGAUAUCCAGAAGAAUGAUCCGGUCUCGGCACCUGCUGACUCAUCAAAAACCGAGGAUGUAAUCUGCAAUGCUGAUAAUGAGACGAAUACUCCCGAGAAAAAUGGCGAUUUGCAGGAAAAGAAACCGUCUGAAUCAAGCGAGACGACACAAAGAUUGGACAAUACCGACAGUUGAGUUUUGAACCCGAGGAUAAAAUAUAAAAUCGGCGAAAGAGAUAGAUGAAAGAUUGUUUACUUAUUUUUGAAUUUUGAUUGGGUGUUCUUGUAGAUGAAGGCCCAAAAAUUGAAUCUUUAGUGGUCAAAUAUUUAGUGUAGAUUUUGGUAUUUUAUGUAAGAUGCUAAGAUGUUGAAGUAGAGUAUUUAACUAAUUUUUAAGCAUUAUUAUAAUAUGUAGUUCCCAUUAUCUUUUGAA